UGGUGAUAAUUACAGAACCAAAUAUUUAUCACUUCUCUCUAUUUAUUAUAUUUUUCAUGUUAAAAUUUAAUAAAAAUUACUCUUCGUACAGUAAUUAUGAGUCUACACAUUGUGUGAAAGUUGUGAUAAAUAAAAAUAUGAUUGAUACAAAUUGUGAAUUGUGUUGAUUGACAAUAUUCCCAUUCAUGGAAAUUUAAGGUUAUGUUUACCUUUGGAAAGUAAAAAAGAGCGCUAAAUUUUGAAACAACUUUUUGGAAUUCUUUAAUGAAAUUAAUGAAAUCAAUAAAAUGCAAUAUAAAGUGCUUUAUAAUUAGAAAAGUGACUAUUCAAAUUUUAAUUAACCCCCGUCAAAAAUGAGUCAAGAAAAGAAUUUUGUUUUUAAAAAACUAAAGAGUGCAAAUCAGGCAGAAAUUUUGCGAUCUUGUCAGAGAGAUAACGAUUUUAUUUGGACUCUAAGUGAAAAAUUGUCAAAUAUUUUGGCUAGAUUUAAAAAAUACAGAUCUUUAUUACAAUUUAUGCAAACAGAUGUUCCGGCAAGAUUUAUUUAUUUUAUUCUUACAUCGGGAAUGGGAAAUCAAACAUUAGGUGAAGAAUAUACUGGAAUUGUUCAAGUCGAUUUGGAUGCUUGUAAAGUUCCUUCUCUGAGUGCACGAGUAUUGGCAGCAAUUUUAGAAUGUUUUGGAGAGCAAGCAUUUUUGAAAAUUCUCGAAAGACUGCAAACUUCUGUAAAUAAUCCCCGUAAUGAAUUGACGCCGAAUGCUGUUAAAUUUUUAAAUACUUUUCUAACAAAAUUAAGGGCUAUUGUACCUUUAUUAAUUCUCGCUCAUCGUGGAUUGUUUUAUAUGUUUGGAAGAUACUACAGUUUAGGAAAAAGAUUAUCAGGAGUUGAUUAUGCUAAGGUUUACGGCCGUCGACCCACUGAUGGAAUAAGUUGGGGUUUGAAAUUAUUAGGAAUUGCGACAAUUGUUCAAUUUAUGCUGCGAUUAUUUCACAAGGACAAUCGAUUAGAAAAUGAAAACUCAGAAAUAAAAAAUGUUUCAAACAACACAAGUGUUCAAUGUCAGUUGUGUUUAGAGAAAAUUUCAAACACUGCAACACCUUGCGGACAUUUAUUUUGUUGGUCGUGUCUCGCUGAAUGGCUACAGACAAAACCUCGAUGUCCUCUGUGCAGAGAACACGUUUCACCUUCGAGAAUAAUUUUCCUAAUGAAUUUGUAAUAAUAUUGUGAAUUUCGAAGAAAUUAUUUUUUUGUCUGAAAAAAAGAUUGUAAAUAUAUUUUCAUACUUUUUUAACUGUAAUCCAACGCACAGUUUUCUUAUGAUGAAAAUUUCUGUAAAUUAAAUUUAAAUCUAAGAGAUAUUUUCUGUUAAAUAAAAAAAUGUUUACCUACAAUUAGAGAAUAUUGAAAAAAUAAACUAUUUAUAUUAUAAAAAUAUCAAGUUUAUUAUGUCUUGUACAUUGACAUCGCAACUAAUUGCAAUGGCAUGUCAUCCAAAUAAACCAUAAUAUACAAUUAUUUAAUAAUCCACGUAUUGGCUUAUAAAAUUCUCAUGUUGAA